CAAACUACGGCUUUAAUCCUCCAUAACAUCCACAUCCGUCUGUCGCUGUCGUUGGUUGUUACCGUCAAUAUGCUUUUGUUUUGAAUACAUCCCCCCAGCUGAUUGAAUGGAAGCUACCGGGGACACCGGCGUUUCUUCCCGGUCCGAGCGCAAAGCUCAGGAAAAGGCGAAAAUCUUGCAAAGGGAGCAACAGAGAGAAACGUUCAAAAUGGUGGCCAAGAUUCUGAAGAAGUCAGAGAGCGAGCGGACCACGGAGGAGGCGGCCGUGUUGCUGCGGCACGGUGACACGGUGGACGAGCUCUCCAAACGGACGGUCCGCAAUAACGUCGUCAAGCGAAAACGUGAAGAGGUAUACGACGAUGCCGAACAGUUAAAGAGUAAAGUUCACCAGCUUGCCGAGGCAGUUAGACAGGCCAGACACUUAGUGAUCUACACCGGAGCCGGUAUCAGUACGGCUGCAUCCAUCCCUGACUACAGAGGGCCCAAUGGGGUGUGGACUCAGCUGCAGAAGGGGAGGGCCAUCAGUGCAUCUGACCUGAGUGAUGCUGAGCCUACCCUCACACACAUGUCCAUCAGGAUGCUGCACAAGGAGAAGCUGGUGCAGCAUGUGGUGUCUCAGAACUGUGACGGUCUGCACCUGCGUAGCGGCCUUCCCAGACACGCCCUCUCUGAGCUUCACGGAAACAUGUUCAUCGAGGUGUGUACCCGCUGCUCCCCGGAAGGAGAAUAUGUGCGCUUGUUUGACGUGACGGAGCGCACCUCCCUGCACCACCACGGGACGGGGCGCCGCUGCCCCCGCUGCGGGGCGGAGCUCAGGGACACCAUCGUCCACUUCGGGGAGCGCGGCACCCUGGAGCAGCCGCUCAACUGGAGGGGGGCGGCCGAGGCGGCCGGGGCCACAGACACCAUCGUCUGUCUGGGCUCCAGCCUCAAGGUUCUAAAGAAGUACUCCUGUCUGUGGAACAUGAACCGGCCGCCAUGCAGGAGACCCAAACUCUACAUCGUUAACCUCCAGUGGACGCCUAAAGAUGACCUCGCCACCCUGAAGAUUCAUGGGAAGUGUGAUGAUGUCAUGCGCCUGCUGAUGGAAGACCUGGACAUCCAGAUUCCCUCAUAUGACAAGUCCGAGGACCCCAUCCUCAGCCUGGCCACCUCGCUGACCACAGAGGAGGAGAACAGCCACGGUCGGAAGGUCAUAGCGCCCCCCGCUGGCCAGGAUGUCCUUUCCCCGGGCCCCCAGGGUCAGGCCGGGGGCUCCGCCGUGCAGGGGGGGUGGUUCGGGCGGGGCUACGCCAAAGGACGUAAGAAGAAGAGAGUCAUGUGACCGCUGGAGGGUGUGCUGCUUUUAGGGAGGAGAGGUGCAGUGUUUGGCCUCGAAACGGGAGGAGGGCAGAGAGGGUCGCUGACAACUGGAGAGAGCCUAGAGGGAAUAGGUGCGCUUGUUUCGAGAUACGGAGCCCCCCCCCUGCACUACCACGUUAUGGAAGCCCCCUGGAGUGAUGAACCAAGACGUUGAACCCAGGCAGAGAUUUGAACCUCGGCCUUCAGGGGAGGUUCAUGUCUUAAAUAAAGGUCAACUUGUCACUGCAG